CCCGCUCCGAGCCCGGCGCCUGCCCCUCGCCAUGGCCCGGCCCCGGCACCCGCCCGGCGGGCUCUGCCUCCUGCUGCUGCUCCUCUGCCAGUUCAUGGAAGACCGCAGCGCCCAGGCCGGGAACUGCUGGCUCCGCCAAGCCAAGAACGGCCGCUGCCAGGUGCUGUACAAGACAGAGCUGAGCAAGGAGGAGUGCUGCAGCACCGGCCGCCUGAGCACCUCGUGGACCGAGGAGGAUGUGAACGACAACACGCUCUUCAAGUGGAUGAUUUUCAACGGAGGCGCCCCCAACUGCAUCCCCUGCAAAGAAACUUGCGAGAAUGUAGACUGUGGCCCCGGGAAGAAAUGCCGGAUGAACAAGAAGAACAAACCCCGCUGCGUCUGCGCCCCGGAUUGUUCCAACAUUACCUGGAAGGGCCCAGUCUGCGGACUGGACGGGAAAACCUAUCGCAAUGAAUGUGCGCUCCUCAAGGCCAGAUGUAAAGAGCAGCCUGAACUGGAAGUGCAGUACCAGGGCAGAUGUAAAAAGACCUGCCGGGAUGUUUUCUGUCCAGGCAGCUCCACUUGUGUGGUAGACCAGACAAAUAAUGCCUACUGUGUGACGUGUAACCGGAUUUGCCCAGAGCCCACCUCCUCGGAGCAAUACCUUUGUGGAAAUGAUGGGGUGACCUACUCCAGUGCCUGUCACCUAAGAAAGGCCACCUGUCUCCUGGGCAGAUCCAUUGGACUAGCCUACGAGGGAAAGUGUAUCAAAGCAAAGUCCUGUGAAGAUAUUCAGUGCACUGGAGGAAAAAAGUGUUUGUGGGAUUUCAAGGUGGGAAGAGGCCGUUGUUCCCUCUGUGAUGAGCUUUGCCCUGAGAGUAAGUCUGAGGAGCCUGUGUGUGCCAGUGACAAUGCUACCUAUGCCAGCGAAUGUGCCAUGAAGGAAGCAGCUUGUUCCUCAGGUGUACUGCUGGAAGUAAAGCACUCUGGAUCUUGCAACUCCAUUUCCGAAGAUACCGAGGAAGAGGAGGAAGAUGAAGACCAGGACUACAGCUUCCCUAUAUCUUCCAUUCUAGAGUGGUAAAACCUCCACCAAUGUUCAGUGUUGAUACAGCCUUUGGGCAAAAAAAAAAAAAAAAAAAAACAGAAAAAAAGAAAAGAAAAAAAGAAAAAUAUAUUGUCCAUACUGUAAAUAAGUGUAUGCUUAUUUAUUUGGGGGGAAAACUAUACAUAAAGGACUUUGUCCUCAAGCUCUCUCCCAGGUCACCUUGUUACUCAUUGGACAUGGAGAAGCUGACAUUGUGAGUCUACUGGAUGAGGCCCAUAGUUGAGACUUGUAGACAUUUAUUUAUACUGUGUCAUGUUUUAUAAUUUAUACAUAAAAUGUCUGGUUGACUGUACACCUUGUUUUUUGAAGAAAUUUAUUCGUGAAAGGAAGAGCAGUUGUUAUUUAUUGUGAGGUCUCUUGCUUGUAAAGUAAAUGCUUUCUUUUUUUCCUUGUAAACCAUUUAAGUCCAUUCCUUACUAUUCAUUCACUCAUCUGUCUCCCUUCAUUUCACUGUUAGAUUCUUUACCACUUUAACAAAUUUGCAUGUCAGUUUCUGUCAUGUUUAUUUAUUGGAUUCUCUGCUGCCUGUUCUGUACAUACAUGAUCUCUCGGGUUUUGUUUACAAGGAAUCUUGACUGACCAAAAGGCAUUAUAAACUGAUUGAAAUACAAGGUACAGGCAAUAACUCUUUGAGGAAACUCCUCCUUCAGUUCUCCUAUGAUAAAGAUAUUGAGGCAGGGGUCAGGGCAUAGCUUUGUUAGAAUUCUAAUAAUGGAUUUUUAAGAUGUUACACAUCCCAAAUAAUUAAUGAAUUUCAGAGACUGAAGGAAGGGGAAUGCUGUCCAUUCAACCUUUUGUCAGGUGUUUCCUUUUAGCUAGUCUGCUGUACCUUUUCAAUUUGUUAUUUUUCAACCAAUGUGUCACUAAAAGUUAUAUCAAAGCUUUAUCAGUUCAAGUUUCUUGCUUUUCAUAAUACUUUUUUCUGAUGCAAUUUUAUAUUUUCAAACAUGGCAAGUUAAAUAUAAAUUCAUUUAAAUAUAUAGUUUUGUACUUUUCUACCAUGUAAAUGUGCAAUGUAUAUAAAAGUUAUAAUGUGUAUUUGUAAAUAAAUGAUGAGUGGAAAAAAUA